AUGCAGUUCCUCACCUCCACACUCUGCAUCAUAAGCAGUCUGUCACUCCUAGCAGCUGCACAGCCAAUCGUCCAGCAGCCAGCCACGUCCGCCAUGACCACGGCCGCAUCCUCGGCCUCUACCAUCCAACGCCCUAUCGUCAAAUCCACGCUCCAAACCUCCGCACUACCCAACACGGCCAUCUCUGGGGACACCCUCGCACAACUCUCCGACUCCAACAUCCAAGCCCAGGGAAAAUGCGGCCCAGUCUGCACUCGUUUCUCACCCAGUGGGACGUGCUUGGAAAUGAUCGAUGGUUGCUCUCACGGCCAUGUGGACGCGCACAAACCUCACCACUCCGGUCUCUCGAAACUCAACCCCAAAGACCGCAUUCUAGCAAUCCUCGCCGGCGGUGUCACAGCUGGAAUGGUCGAUUGGAGAUUAGGUGUUUUGAUGCUCUUCGCUGCGGGUCUGCCUGAGAGAGUUGUGUGGGGUGUGCAGGCUGCGCCGGUUGGUGGGAAAGGUCUUGUUGAGGCUACGACUACGACGGUGACGGGAGAGGAGAGUCAGACUGGAAUUGAGGCUGAUGAACCGGACUGCAGACUUGUUUGUACUUUUACGGAUCCGAGACAUAUUUGUCAGAAGUAUGUUUGUGAUUGUAGUGGGAAUUGGAAGAGGGGUGAGGGUGAGGAUCAGGUGAUGGGAACGAGGACUGGGGUUGCGGGGUUUGAGAAGAGGCAGUGGGUGAAGUGUACGCCUACGCCGACGCCAGUGCCAUCGCCGACGGCGGUUUGA